GCCUGUUGUCCCCCCCCUCCCUCCCUCUCUCUGCAGAUUUUCGGGGACUGGGUCCUAGUCUGGUCCGUCACUGACCACGACAAAGGCAACGCACUAGCUCUAAACGUCACCAGCUCGCACGUCGAGUUCAGACUCCACGAUGACAACAAGAUGGUCAUGUUCACAGAGAGGACCAAGUUCAUACACCAGACGUGUGUCACCUACAUCAUCAACAUGACGAUGCCCACUGACCCGCUGGACAGCACCUUGAUCAGCUUUACUGGUGCCAUGGAGAAGGACGGACUUCUUGAGGUGUACAACGAGACAGAGACUUUCACUUUCUUCGAGUCCUGCCCCGACUGUCUGUCGAUGGUCUGGAAGGACAGCGAGGGACGAUUCCUGCUCAACUACAGGAGGGAGGGGCAUCACCGGGAUGUUGAGAAGUUGAAAGCAGACCACAGCGAUCACCACAAACUGGCCGCCUGUCUGGGAUUCCCCGCCAACGCCAACCCGUUCAACUACGACGGAGCUGCAGAUUUCUGUCACAAGAAAUCAUCUCCGAAGGUCCUGAGAUCAUAUUUCACACAUGUCGCCCACCACAUCAGUAGGGACGACUAAAACCUGGAUGUGUGUUAUGCACAUUAUUAUGUGGCUGUUUUGUCUGAAAACGUCUUAUCUAAAUGCUUACUCUUGGGGGAAUUACUGGAAUAGUUGGGUCUUUGUAAAU